AUGGCACCUUUAAUUCAGACAUUGGUGAGCGGUCUCGCCUUGGUGAGCUCCGUUGUUGCCCAGUCCGAUUGCUUGGUCGACUCCCAGAUCCUCACCGAUCCCUACAAAUAUGACUUCCCUCGCCUGGGCGGUGAUGGCGCUGCACAGUUCGCUAUGCGCCCCUGUCACGGCUUCAAGUUGGAGGAGGCUACUAUCGAUCAGAUUCAGGCCGAGCUGGAAAUUGGCACUUUUACCGGCGUCCAGUUGUUGGAGUGCUACAUGGACCGUGUCCACCAGACCCAACCUUACUUGAAUGCUAUUCUACAAGUGAACCCGGAUGCUUUCUCCAUUGCCAAGAUGCUUGAUGAUGAGCGUGCCCAAGGCACUGUCCGUGGUCCUCUCCACGGUAUCCCCUUCAUUGUCAAGGACAACAUCGCCAGCAAGGAUCGUAUGGAGACUACUGCAGGCAGCUGGGCUCUGCUCGGCAACGUCGUGCCCGCUGCUCUGAGCGAGUGGGCCGACAUGCGCUCCAACAACUACUCCGAAGGCUUCAGCGCCCGUGGGGGCCAGUGCCGCAGUGCUUACAACUUCACCGUUAACCCCGGUGGUAGCAGCACUGGCUCUGGUGUUGCUGUCGGCGCCAACCUUGUGCCGAUUGCUCUUGGAACCGAGACAGACGGUAGUGUCAUCAACCCCGCUCAGCGCAACUCCGUCGUUGGCAUCAAGCCCACUGUUGGUCUGACCUCCCGUGCCGGUGUCAUCCCGGAGUCGGCCCACCAGGAUACCGUCGGUACCUUCGGUAAGACCGUCCGUGAUGCCGUCUAUGCCCUCGAUGCCAUCUACGGCAUUGACUCCCGUGAUAACUACACCUCCGCCCAGGAGGGUCUCACCCCGGUCGGUGGUUACGCCCAGUUCCUGACCAACCAGACCGCUCUUAAGGGCGCCGUCUUCGGUAUCCCCUGGGAGUCCUUCUGGGCCCUUGGCGAUGCCGACCAAAUCGCCCAGCUCCUUGACCUGGUUGAGCUGAUCGAGUCUGCCGGCGCAACCAUCAUCAACGGCACCGAGCUGCCCCAUUAUAAGAAGAUUGUCUCACCCGAUGGCUGGAACUGGGACUACGGCACCACCCGCGGCUACUCUAACGAGUCUUCGUACUCCUACAUCAAGGUUGACUUCUACAACAACCUGCGCGACUACCUGUCCGAGGUCGAGAACACUAACAUUCGCUCCGUUGAGGACCUUGUCCAGUACAACAUCGAUAACUAUGGCUCUGAGGGUGGUCUGCCCGGUAUCCACCCUGCCUUCGGCUCUGGCCAGGACGGCCUUCUCGCUUCCCUCGAGACCAAGGGUGUCAUGGACGAGACCUACUUCCAGGCUUUGGAGUUCUGCCAGCGCACCACCCGCGAGGAGGGUAUCGAUGCUGCUCUGAAGCAGGGCAACGUGACUCUCGACGGUCUCCUUGUGCCCCCCGAUGUCGCUCAGAGCAUUGAAAUCGCUGCUCAGGCUGGAUACCCUGUCAUUACUCUGCCUGCUGGUGUCAAUGAUGCCUCGGGCAUGCCCUUUGGUCUUGCUAUUAUGAACACUGCUUUCUCCGAGGCCACCUUGGUCAAGUACGCCAGUGCCAUCGAGGAUCUGAAGAAGAACCAAGGCGCCAAGGGCGACCGUGCACUCCCUCAGUGGCGUGGCUACCUGGAGCGCCCCCUGCCUGUCGCCUUUUAG